AUGUCGCCUAAAUCGAGACGGUCUCAGAAACGCUCGGCCGCCGAGGAACCCCGUCCCCGUCCUCGUCUACACGCUCAUCAUCGUAUUCGGUCCGAUUCCGUCGGCCACGAACCUCCUUUAACCAUUGAUCAGCAUUUAAGCAACUAUCAUCGAUCGUUGCAUGCUUCCGCUUCCUCCAGUGCCCAAUAUCAUCCACCAUCACGUUAUAAGUUCCGUGAACCAUUGGGUGUCAUGGUUCAAAACAAACGUUCCACUUCGGCCUCCUCCAUUCAUCAAUUGGUUACCCCUACUUCACAUUCAUCAACGCCUGAAACCGAUCCCAUGUCUCCUCCGGCCUCCACCGAUCUCCAACCAUCAGCACCAUUAUCACCCUCAUUUUCCUCGCCAUGCCCCGCAGACAUCUUUUUCCAGCAUCGUCCAUUGACCUAUUCUUCGACCGCCCAGCGUCCAUCCACGACCUUACUGUGUCCUUCCACCACCCUUCCUACGCCCAUGGCUACUUCCCAACUAUCCAUAGGUUCUCCCGUCUCAGACCCCCUCUCUUCCACAACAAUCACCACUACCACUGCUAGCAGUGAAACCACUUCAGAAGACGCAGGGCGAGAUAAAGAAAAGGAGGGAAGUGGACUACUGCAACUCGCCCAUGUAGUCAGUACUUUUGGUUAA